AUGAGCGACGAACCUGCUAGUCAUAUUGUGGUGAGAGUCGCUACAAUGGAAGACUUGGACGACUUGACAAAGAUUGCUCAGGCCGGAUUCCCGGACGACCCAGAGUUUGACUACCGCUUUCCGCAUCGCCAAAAGUACCCUGAUGAUCAUUGGAGGUGGACGAGGAGAGAAUAUGAGGGAUACCUUAAUCAGCCUGACAAGUACGCCGUGCUUCUCGCCACCUUACCAACCAAUCAGAAAAGUGAUGAGUACAACGAUGAGCAUAAGCAAGAGCGUGAGCUGAACCGGAGCUGGCCGGUCUCCGUCGCGCUCGCAGUCUGGGACAUGGCAGUUACUACAGAAUCGCAGGUCAGCGGUCUGUUUCCCCUCCAUGCCUCUGGCAAAGUCAUCAAUUGCGGCCGACCACUGAUCAGUUUAUACCCGGUAGAUAUAGGUAUCGAUCAGCGUCGAGAUGCCAACCCGGAACACAUGUUGGAGUUUGCCAACACACUAAGUAGUGCCUUUGAGACGCAUUUUGCCAAAUAUGCAGGAAAUCAGAUACAUUUAUGGCUACUAACAACCCACCCCGACUUUCGCCGACGCGGUGCAGGCUCAGCGUUAUGCCGCUGGGGGCUGCAGCUUGCACAGAAAAGAGGGCAGCCAGUCACUGUUCUGGCGAGUUGGAUGGGCAAGACGCUAUACGAGCAACUUGGUUUCCAAACUCUGGGAAUCGUCGUCGUCCAAGUUCCGAGUGAAGAAGAGAAGCUCGAAGUUUCCUGUCUGGAACGGAAGCCGGAACAUGAGAUGACGUCCGGUCGCGGGAGUUGCAUUAUACUGUAA